ACCUCCAUGGCUACUACUUUCAGGGCCAGGAGUAUUAUACUCUGAAUGUUCUGCAUGAGGAAAUUGAUAAUCCUUUAUCCAAUGUAGAGUGCAGUGGGGCAUUGCUGACAGAAGAUAAUCAAGUAUUUGUUCCUCUGACUGGCUGGGAUGUUAUCCUACAAGAGUAGUCAUGGGGACAGAGGUGGCAUCUGAGUCAGCUGCAGGUUUGGUUUCUGGCAUUUAUUUAUUUACCUUAUUAAUUAACUGUUCCCAUCUCUUUGCUCUGGGUGGUGUACAACAAAGAAAAACCUGAGAAAAAUGAUAUAACAGAAAAACAGUAUGACAUGUCACAAAAUAUAAAAACAAAUAGACAGAUAGACACCUAUAACCAAUCAGCUAGAGCUAAAGCCUGAUGGAAUAGGAAGUUCUUAAUGAUCUUCUAGAGUAGAAGAAGGGAAGAAACUGCCUGUACCUCCAGGGAAGCAUAUCCCAUAAUACAUUGAGGUCCCAUGAGCCCCACAGGGGAGGGGGAUUUUCAGCAGGCCCCCUUGGGAUGAACUGACCAGCCAAGUGGAGUCAGUCUGGGGAAAGUGGAAUAGGGUGGAAUAGGGUGUGGCACUGUAAAAGACAGUGAUCAUUAGCGCUUCGAAUUGGACCCAGAAACUAACAGGAUUAAUGAUAAUAUUGAUAUGAAAGAGUCACGUUCAUUGUACAUUAUUUUGAUCUAAUGCAUGUCUACUCAGGAGUAUGUUUCAUCACAGGUAAGUGGACAUAGAUUCUAGCUGAACACAUAUUUUGUGAGUAAGAUUUUGUCCAUAACAUUGGGAUAGGAUAACAAAGAACAGCUAAACAUGCAGCUAUGUAAUUUUGUGGAUGACUUCUAAGAUAUCAUUAAUGGUAGGAUUACAAACGGGGUACUACAAGUAUACCAAGGUUUUAUUUGAGAUGGCUAAAUCAGUUUUAUCAAAUAAACCAAAUUUCUCUUAGUAAAGGGAAUAUUGGUUUUUCAAUGGAAGAGAAUAUCUGUAGCUCAGGGUUGAACAAAAAUGUUUUUUUUUGUUAUAAAAUAAGAAUAGUAAAUAGUUUGUAAUAGAAAAAAUGGGAGGCUCUGGGAAAGUCUUGAGAAUAACAUGAGAUAAUCUUUUUUAAUUAUACUUGUCUACCAUUCAUAUAAAUGUUCCUUUUGUUAAUUGAAAAAAAAACUAUGAUCUUUAUAACUGCAACUAUGUCAGAACAGUUUGUUAUAAAAAAUGCAUUAUCAGUUUAUCAUGCUGGAUCUAAUUUUACCAUGGAUGCAUUUCUAAAACAGUGCAAAUGAAGUUGUGAAAAGCCAGGCUUUUGUUUCACUUCCUAAAAAUAAUGCUGAUUGCAAUAAACUGGUUAGAAUUUAGGACAUAUUUUUACUAUCUUCUUAAAAGUUUUGAUCAUGCUACAAUCUCUCUUUGUGUAUUCAGAACCCUUGCCAUUAGAUAUGAAUUAGAGCUUAAUCAGUUCCUUUUUGAUCUAUGUUAUCUGAGCAGCUGAUGAGAAGUUAAAAGAAUAAAUACUAAAACAAUAGAAAGCAGGAUAAAAAAUAGUUCCUUUACAACUGGCUUCCUUGUAUUGUGACAGGGAAGUGCUGCUUUCUACCCCAUCCCUGCUCAUGAAGCUAAGAAGAUAGUUUUUUUGGAAGACUCUGUAACAUCUGAGGAAAGAGAGAAGAGAAUUUCCUAAGAGCUAUGAGUUGCUGAACUGGUACUCUAGCCAUGAGACAUUUAUGAUCCGAGUCACUGUUUCCAACCAUUCUGAACCAUUGUUUGUAGAAUAAGCUUUAGUGGCUGGGUUUUCACAACAUAAGCCAUAAACCAAAAAUUGCAAACUAUGAUGGCUGAAUUCAUAUAGAGCAAACCAAAACAGAAAAAAAUGGUUUUGUGCAGUGGUUGAACCUACCACAUAGGCAUCUGUGAGGGGGCAGAUGAUGUUCCAGCUUUUAACAGACACCUAGCAUGAUCUUACUCAGUAGUGGUUUGCCUGGUACAAAUAUUUAAAGCACCUGGUACAGUGAAUUAACCAUUUUGUUCCUAACACAUUAACUUCUCUCCUUUGCUGUUCUUGUCACAGUGGUACCUGUAAGGGUAACGUUUCUCUUUAUUGCACAAUUGUUUAGAGACCAGAGAAUCAGUCAAGAUGUGGAGAGAUUCUGCAAACAGCUGAGCUCUAUGGCCAGUAAGCUGAUCAUCUCGCCCUUCACCCUUGCUUAUUACACCUAUCAAUGUUUUUACAGCACUGGUUGGCUGGGUCCUCUAAGCAUCUUUGGCUAUUUUAUCAUUGGGACAAUUGUUAACAAGUUCCUAAUGAGUCCCAUUGUUUCAAAACUGGUGCACCAGGAAAAGCUUGAAGGUGAUUUCAGGUUUAAGCAUAUGCAACUGCGGGUGAAUGCUGAAUCUGUUGCUUUCUACAGAGCUGGGGAAGUUGAACACAUGCGAACCAACUACAAGCUUCAAAAUCUUUUGAAGACACAGAGGGAACUGAUGGGGAAGGAACUAUGGUUGUACAUUGGGAUCAACACCUUUGACUAUUUGGGCAGCAUCCUGAGCUACGUGGUAAUUGCCAUUCCCAUAUUCAAUGGAGUAUAUGAUGAUCUGAAUCCCACAGAAUUGAGCUCCUUAGUUAGCAAGAAUGCCUUUGUCUCCAUUUACUUGAUUCACUGUUUCAGCCUCCUAAUUGACCUCUCCACCACAGUGUCCGAUGUAGCUGGCUACACACACAGAAUUGGGGAGUUGCAGGAAGUAUUGCUGAACCUUUCCAAGAAACAGAGUGAUAGUGAAUCACAAGACAAAUGGGACUUCAGCAGCAUUUCUAAAGAGCGGAAGAUCUCAAACAACACUGCUUUUGUUCUGGAGCAAGUUUCUCUUACUGCCCCUUCCAAGAAGCUGCUUAUCAAGGACCUAAGCCUGAGAAUCACACAGGGGAACAAUCUCCUGAUUACUGGGAAUACAGGCACAGGGAAGACAUCAUUAUUGCGUGUUCUUGGAGGCCUGUGGGAGUGCAAGCAGGGGGAAGUCCACAUGCUGACUUUCUUUGGCCCCCACGGAGUGGUGAUCAUGCCUCAGCGGCCUUUCUUCACAGAUGGAACGCUACGAGAACAGAUUAUAUACCCUCUAAAGGAAAUCUAUCCAGAUUCUGGGUCUCUAGAUGAUGACAGGAUACUCAGGUUCCUGGAGCUGGCUGGACUGUCGGACUUGUCCGUGAGAACAGGAGGUUUGGACCAGCCUGUGGACUGGAACUGGUACGAUAUUCUUUCACCAGGUGAGAUGCAGAGGUUGUCAUUUGCCCGCCUCUUCUACUUACAGCCCCAGUAUGCAGUGUUAGAUGAAGCUACGAGUGCAUUGACAGAAGAUGUAGAGAAUGAGAUGUAUAGAAUCUGCACCCAACUGGGGAUGACUCUGGUUAGUGUGGGACAUCGCAAAAGUCUGGAAAAGUUCCAUAGUUGGAUUUUGAAACUGUGUGGAGAAGGAAAAUGGGAGCUAACAAGAAUUGAGAAACCCUGAACUAUUUCCAAACUGAUCACAGAGAACAUUGGAGUUAAAGUCUCAAGUCAAAGUGCCUUGGAAUCAGCAUGCUUUAAUGGAGAAAGUAUGAUCUGAAAUUUCAAAAUUACAAGUGCCAAGAAGGCUUCCAAUUUAAAAAAAAAACAUGGGGAGGAGAGUUUUUAACUACUUCUGAUCUAUUAUACAAAUUGCUUCCAAUCUAUUGUUCUGAAUGCUAAAUCCCUUGUACAACAUUUCAUCCAGAAGGGAAAGAAUAAUCUUGUUUCACCUGUGCAACUCGUUUUUAAGUGUGACUCGUAUUAAAGUUCUACAUAACUGGAGUUAUGCUGGCCUAUCUCCACAAGGGCAGCAAAUGUGGCACAGCUUCCACAGCCAUAAUUUAUUUCAAGAUUAAAGCUACAGCCUCCUUGCCUGAGUAGGAGGAAGAAAGAGGCUAUGUGAUCUCUAUGCUCUACCCUAUGGCCUCUGUUUUUUGAGCUGCCAACAAAUGGAUCAAUUGUCUAGUUCACAAAGCUGUUCAAUCAGACUGUUUAAAGAUUUCAUUUGAUGCAAAACAACGAGUUUUGUAAAAAUGUUGGGGCUGCUUGGUAAAAAAAUAAAUAUAAAGUUAAAUAAGCAGCUCUUAACAAGUUGUGAAAUGCAAGAUAGAGUGCUGUCUCGGUUAUUCUUUGGCACUUGCUGUUUGGUGGAGUGGUGACCCCUUGGAUCCAGGAAAUUGUCAAUACCUCAUUAGAGGAGGGGCCAGAUGGCCUUGAAAGAGGCUGUGAUCUGCUCCCUCCUGAAAAGACCAUCCUUUGAUCCAGUGGUGCUGGAAAACUAUCAACAAGUCUCCAACCUUCCCUUUGUUGGGGAAGUUUUUGAUCUGGUGGUGAUUGGGUAAAUCAACUUCACAGCAUCCUAGAGGAAGCAGAUUAUCUGGACCCUUUUCAGUCAGGGUUCAGGCCCAGAUUUAGGAUGGAGAUAGCAUUGAUUGCUGUCUUAGAUUACCUUUGUUGAAACCUGAAUGGGAUAGUGCAUCCAUUGGGUGGUCUUGGACCUUCCAGCAGCUUUUGAUACUAUUGAUCAUGGUAUCUUAUUGGACUGUUUGCAGAAGGUAGGGAUGGAAGGACAUUUUUUCAGUAGUUCUGCUCCUUCCUCAGCCGGUGGUUCCAGUGGUGGAGAGGUCAAUUCAGUGGCCUGUGAUAUGUGUGGGGUGCCACAGAGGGUCACUCCUCUUUCCUGCUCUUUAAUAUCUAUAUCAAGCUAUUAGGAAAAGUCAUCUGACAUUUUAGGGUUCAAUAUCAUCAGUAUGCUGAUAAUCAGUUUUACCUCACUAUUACCCAGGCUGUGAGGGGGUACUGUCAAUGUCAUUUUCCAGGACCUGCAUGGCAGAGAAAAGACUGAAGCUGAACUUUAGUAAGUUGGAGUUGUUGUGCAUACUCAGAGUUCUCUGUUGCCACCAGAGUUGUUCCUUGAUGAGUAAGCACCCAGAUAUCUGCAGGACCACAUACUCCAACCAGUACUGGACUAACUAAUCAGAGCAAAUAGAGACUAUUACUCAUCCUAUAUUUUCAAGAAGUUCAGGGGCUGAAGCAAGAAGACACUGCUUUUCAAUAACACCAAUGCUACAGAACACCCUGCUGGUAGAGAUCAGGCUGGCCCCCUCCUCAUUGAUGUUUCAGAAGCUACUAAAGACGGAAUUGUUUUGGAGAGACUGAUUUUACCAUGCCAUCUUUAGCUUCUGUUUUUAUUAUUAUGUUUGGUGGGUGUUUUUUUUUAUUAUUGUUUUUAUGGAAGUUUGUACCGUAGAUGUUUUACUUGGUUUUUAUAUUCUAUAUAAGCUGCCAAGCAUCUGUGGCUUGCAGCAGGGUAGAAAUGUGAAAAAUAAAUAUACAUAGUAUCUCUGUACACUUA